AUGUUCAAUCGCAUGACGCCUGCUAUCAUCGCUAUUUGCAAUGUGUUCGGCUUAUCAGUUGCUGUAUCGGACGUCCGUGCUGAUAUUCCACAGGGACAAACAUCACCUGUUGUGGGAAAUUUACGUGUUACCGAUGCAAGCGUUCUUGUGCAACAAUCCGAUGAUGAAGUGAAUGUAGAGGACCUGAAAGUCGGAGCACUCCAAAGGGACGAUGUCGUCACUAACGCAAAUUUCACUAGGCACGGGGAGGUCAUUUCGGCAGACCACACCAAGCGAUUGUACGUCUCGUUCUCUGUUAAGCGCAGGGUGUCAGGAACAUUGAUCCAGCCUCAUCAGGCAUUCGUGCUGUUCAAACAUGCGAAUGGUUCCGAAGUCUUUUACAAAGCUGACGUGCAGACUGACGGAACGCACCUUGUUGAUAUAAAUCUUGCCAGAGCUCACGAAGAUUUCAAGGGGAUUUCUGGAACCUAUACAGCGUACCUUAUCAUUGGGGAUGCAACCAUACGAACCCCGGCAGACUUUAUGCUCACUCUCCCAUCAGCACCUGUCGAAGUUGUACCAAAAUCUCAGCGAAUCAACUACGAUGUGUUGCCGGAAAUUAAGCAUGCCUUUCGCCAGCCUGAAAAGAGGCCACCCACUAUUGUUUCAGAUACCUUCACUCUGAUCUGUUCGGCUCCGCUGUUGCUUCUGCUAGUGCUGUGGUUCCGUAUUGGACUCAAUUUUGGCAAUAUGCCGCUCAGUCUGUGGACGCUGAUUUUCCAUGGAAGUCUUACUGCGCUGUUCGCCUUGUACUUCGUGUUCUGGCUUCAACUCAACAUGUUCGGGACAUUGAAGUAUUUAGCCGUGGUUGGUAGCCUAACAUACUUCGCCGGUAACCGCGUCCUGAGAGCAGUCGCCGAGAAGCGGAAGUAG